UACGACAAAUAAGAAAAAAUUGGAUAGACAUACUAGAACAGUCGGGAGAAGGAGCAAGUUAGCUAGAUGAACGACGACGUAUGGUAGUGUUGGGAGAUGUGGUUGCAUGUUCGUAUGUCCGUCCAAAUGCAAACGAAUGGGGCGCGGUAAACAGCAAUCCAGCACCAAAGCAAUUCACAAAAGGUGUGUCGCUGGAACAGCAACACACCUCAGAGAAAACGAAUUCCACUAGCCGACAACCUCGUGCAGUAGUAUUGCACGCCGGAAUGUUGGGUAUAUUGAUUGUUUAA